ACUACUAAUCCGUUGUAUAAAUUUGUAGUUACCUGUGUAGCUGUGAGCUAAUAAAUAAGAUUUGGAAUAUCAAAUAUUGUGUGGUGAAAAAUAACGCAGAUACUCAUAAAUUAUUUUCAACUAUACCACCAAACGCACAACAUACAUCAUACUUACAUAAACAUACAACAUACCUACAAAAACAUAGAACAUAUUAAGAUACUCGAAAAGCAAUUAGAAACAAAUUUAUUAACAUGGAAAGACCUACGCAAGGCUCAGCUGUGCAGGUAAUAAAUACAUCAGAAGAACAUACAUUUUUACUCAAUGAGGAUGCACUAAGUGAGGUGCUGAUGCGGGAUGAAGUCAAGGAUAGGUAUGUAUGCGUUGUGUCUGUGGCUGGCGCCUUUCGGAAGGGCAAAAGUUUUCUGCUCGAUUUUUUUCUGCGCUACAUGUAUUCCAAGUAUGUGCGACACGAUAUUGGGGAUUGGCUUGGUGAUGAGACAGAACCUCUGUCUGGAUUUUCAUGGCGGGGCGGCUCAGAACGUGAUACCACUGGCAUUUUAAUGUGGUCUGAUAUAUUUCUACACGAUUACCCAAAUGGGGAUAAAAUAGCUGUUAUAUUGCUGGACACACAGGGUGCUUUUGAUAGCCAAAGCACUGUGCGCGAUUGCGCAACAGUUUUUGCAUUAAGCACGAUGCUAUCAUCAGUGCAGAUUUAUAAUCUAUCACAAAACAUACAGGAAGACGAUUUGCAACAUUUGCAGUUAUUCACCGAAUAUGGACGUCUGGCACUGGCAGACUCAGGAAAGAAACCAUUUCAACGCCUACAAUUUUUGAUUCGAGACUGGAGCUUUCCAUAUGAAGCCGAAUACGGAGCAUUGGGUGGUGAUAAGAUACUUAAGCGUAGGUUGGAAGUAUCUGACAAGCAGCAUCCAGAGCUACAGUCCUUACGUCGCCACAUAUCGUCUUGUUUCACGGAAGUCGCAUGUUUUUUAAUGCCACACCCCGGUCUGAACGUUGCUACAAAUCCAAAAUUUGAUGGUCGUCUUAAGGAUAUUACGCCCGAAUUUAAAAGCAGCUUACGUUGCCUAGUACCUAUGCUACUGGCCCCAGACAAUCUUGUCUACAAAGAGAUUGGCGGACAACGCGUACGGGCACGCGAUCUGAUACAAUACUUUCAAUCGUAUAUGAGUAUCUACAAGGGAAACGAACUUCCCGAGCCAAAAAGUAUGUUAGUGGCCACUGCAGAAGCCAACCACUUGACUGCCGUUGCUGCCGCUAGGGAGCUAUACAAUCAGCUCAUGGAGGAGGUCUGUGGUGGCACACGACCAUAUUUAAGCACGGCACAUUUAGAGACGGAACACUUACGUAUCAAAGAUAAGGCUAUGUUUCAAUUUGCAACGAAACGAAAAAUGGGGGGUGAGGAGUUCACAGAGAAAUUUCGUAAACAGCUGGACAUUGACCUAGAGGAAGUUUUUACUAACUACCGAGCACACAACGAAAGUAAAAAUAUUUUUAAAGCUGCUCGUACGCCGGCUGUCUACUUUGCUUGUGCGGUCAUCAUGUACAUUAUAAGUGGAGUUUUUGGAUUGCUUGGACUCUACACCUUUGCCAACUUUUGUAAUCUCGUUAUGGGAGUGGCUCUACUCACCUUGGCACUAUGGGCGUACAUCAGAUACAGCGGUGAGCUAAGUGAUUUUGGUGGAAAGCUAGAUGAUGUUGCAACCCUUGCCUGGGAAAAUUUUAUGCGGCCAAUCUAUCAAGGUUGCAUGGAGAAGGGCAUAAAACAUGUGGCCACGCAUGCGGCAGAGGCGGCUGUUGGUAACCGUUCGUCAUCCACUGCUGCGCUCAAUGGCAAAGUAAAGCGAUCAUGAGAAUACGCCCAAAAAGACAAAAACAAAAUACAGAAAAUUGAAGUGACUAGCAACAAUAACAAUAAUUUUGUAUUUAAAUCAAAUAAAAACAUACACAACACUAAUGGUGGCGACGCAAGUAUCUUCAAGAGAUUUUGGAUGAUUUUUAAAGCCGAAAAUACUGUACCGAAUGCAGUAGGCGGCAUCAGCUCUGGGCUAAAUUCUUCGACAGCAGGCAUUCUAAGCAGUCGUAAGAAGCGUAAAUCCAAGUUUAAUUAAUUAAGUCUGAAAUCUGGUUUUCAGCCGCAUCUUGUAUCGGUUUUGUAUAAAUUAAAACAAUUUAUGUUCGGGAAGAGAAACUUAAUAACAUAUAUUAACUGCGUCAAUGGUGUUUUUUAAUUUACCUUCAUAUAUAUUGUGAGUUACCUUCAACGUCGUGUUUAGCGCGAUUCCUUAUAAGUAUAAAAUCACCAAAGCAGGGCGCUGUGCUUAGGUUCGUAUUUGUUGAUAGUUUUUUUUUAUUAUAAUUUUAAAACAAAAUUAAAAAAUAAACCGGACACAUUUAAUUAUAAAGCUGUAUAUAUAAAAUUGCUAACUUUUUUUAUUGCGUUGAAUCCAUAUAAUAAAUGUAAACAUCCUUGCUCCAUGCACACAGUUGCUGUACAGAAAUAAACGUAUUUGAUUUA